AUGAAAAACAAAGUCUACUUCCUGAGAACCCAGAAGCUAGAGCUCGACCGGAGACUGUUGGAAAUGGAAUCUACAAUUGCAUCUCUCAAGGACGAAAGGAAGGUGAUAGAGUCGACCCUCGAAGAUAAGAAGAGGGAGAUUAAAACGCUAACAGGGUUGAACUCAAGUAAUGGAGAUCCCUCACAUGUGACGGCUCUUCAGCUCAAAAUGCAAGUAGAUGUGCAGUCCGAAAGGGCGAAACUACUAACAAGUUCCACUGUUGACUCAGAAGAAGAGAAUGAAGAUGGUGCAGAAUUACAACUUAGGAGCGAUUAUUCAAGAGACUCCGAAAAGAGCGAAAACAGAAGCCGAAAUGUCAAGGUGAAUGAUGUGAAAGAUGGAAAUGAAAAAGAGCUGGUAAGUACACAAUUUGAUUUCAAGAGAGCUGAUGAAGUAUUGGAAGAGAAAAAAAUAGCAAACGAGAUGACCACCAGCAGUGAAGAGGAACAGCACAUAAUUGGUGGGUCUGGUGAUCAUCAAAAUCAAGAAAGCCAGAGAUAUACAGGCCUUCGUAGAGGGGGCGUAAAGUUAGAAAAGGCAGAUGGAUCUGGACACAGAUUUGGCUUCACACUGAGAAGGAAACAUUCAAAGGGCAAGAGGAGAGAGACUGUAAGAAACAGGAGAUCAGGGGAUGAGUUGUACUCUGUGGCCAAGAAGACUGAGAGCAUCCCAGCAGCUCUUACCAGCAAUGAAAAAAAGGAAAGAAUUGAGAAAAACCGAGAUGACAAGGCAGAGUCUGAGACGAAGAAAGAGCUAGGCUCCGAAGAUCAGUUGGCAGUAUCCGAGAAACUAAAUCAGACUACAGAAACUAGAAAUGGUGGCCAAGGGAAGGGAGAAGCAGUGAAGAGAGAAGAGCAAGAAAACAAGCCGACAAACACAAAAUCUAACGGGUCUGAGGAGACUGAGCAUGUGGAUGAACGUACAAGUAUGGUGAGCAUAGAGCAAAACAGUAAUGAGAUGGCCAACACUGAAGUGCUUCCUGAUGCUGAGGGUGCAAAAUUAGAUGAUGUUGAAAAGAAUGCCAGGAAGCAGGUUUCUGAUGAGAUCAUCAAUCAAUCAUCUGACCAAGAAGUGAAUCGAAAGCAAGAAAUGACACAUAAUACUGAGGCGAAGGAGCAUGAGAAUGAGAAUGCACAAGAGAAUGAUAUUGCACAAGAUAAUGACGAAAGUGAGGCUGAAGACUCAGAGGACCCAGAAACUCGUAUACCAGAAAUAGAUAGAGAUGAUAUCAAAAGAUUUUCAGAAUCAGAUCCUGAUGAUGAAGCAGAGGAGACCGAAUUUUAA